AUGACUUCUUUAAUAAAAGGAGAAUCAAAAAAUUAUCAAUCGAAUACUGUUUCUUGUACAAACAAAAAAGAAAAGACAUCGCAAAAUGACCAGAGGUCUCUUUUUAAAAAUAAGUUAAAAGAAACAUCAGAUACUAGAUUAAAUCGUACAUAUACAUUUGGUGCUGAUUUGAUAAGAGAAAAAGAAAGACGUAAUUCAUUGACUGCAGAUUCAGACAUUUUUGACUACAAUAUUGACGAUUUAGUAAGAGGAAUAAAACCAAGGCAUCCAAGUAGAAGUGCCAGUAAGUCAUUAUGUUCAAAAAAUAAAAUUUGUUCAACAUUGUACUAUCCAAUUGCCGUGACAUCAUCUAAAUAUAAAAAUAAUACUGCUAACACAUCAGAGACAUUGUCAAUAUGUGAAGAUAAAUGGCGUAGUAAUUUACCCUCUGUAAAAGGAUUUACUAACACUAAUUUAUGUGGACAUAAACUUUAUAGUAGAGCAAAAUUUGAUUUAAAUAAAUAUGAAAAAUCUUUAAAUCAUAAACAUAAUGACAGAUAA